CUCUUGUGCUUCCUGCAAAAUAGAAGACAGAAAAAUAUCUUAAUGUAGGUGGAGCUGAGACCGCUUCCCUUUGAUGAGAAAGUUACGCGUUUAACCUACUAGAGUGCGCAAUUCUCACACACCUCCUCGCAUGAAGAACCGAACUGUCACUUCCAUCAAGUCAAGGACUGUACAGCCUCUCCAAGCGCGCGCAAUAUACAGCCAAACCACAGUGAUUGCCCUCCUUCUUCCCGUGUAUUUAAGUUUUCGUUGCUGUAUCCGUACAACUUGCCUUUUGUUCUUUUGGAAACCUGGAAGACACCCCAGACCUGCGCUCGCUUCAGCAUGCGUUUGGCGCACGGAGCGCACUCUUGGCGAGCUCUUCAUCAUCAGGCGCAGGGAUGAUGUUCAACUCAUCGGGCUCGCUAGAUUUCUUCUCGUUCACUCACCCUGAGGUCGCGUCGGAAGUUCUCAAUGGUUCCUCACACUUAUUCUACAACAUCUCAAUGGCCACGUGGAACAAAUCCUGCGAGGAACAAUUACUCGAUUUCACCACAGCGGAGAAGAUUGUCAUCGGAAUGAUGCUGACCAUCAUCACCACCGUGACGGUGAUUGGAAAUAUGCUGGUGGUGAUCGCGGUGUGCGUCGUUAAAAAGCUCCGACAGCCGUCUAACUAUCUGCUGGUGUCUCUGGCCGUGGCGGAUCUCUCCGUGGCUAUUGUGGUUAUGCCAUUCGUGAUCGUGACGGACCUCACGGGAGGAAAGUGGCUUUUUGGAGAGGUCUUCUGUAACAUCUUCAUCGCCAUGGAUGUGAUGUGCUGCACUGCAUCCAUCAUGACGCUGUGCGUGAUCAGUGUGGACAGGUAUCUUGGCAUCACCCGCCCUUUGACCUACCCUGCUCGACAAAAUGGCCAACUGAUGGCAAAGAUGAUCUUUGGUGUGUGGCUUGUGUCUGCCUCAAUCACACUGCCGCCAUUCUGUGGCUGGGCGAAGAACGUUAACACGGCUGGCGUUUGCCUAAUCAGCCAGGACAUCAGCUACACCAUCUACUCCACCGCCGUGGCCUUCUACAUCCUAAUGAAACUAUGGUUCAUACAGCUUAAGAAUGUCAUGCACAUCUUGGUGCUCAAACACAAUAUGGAAAGCCAGCCAGAUGGUGCCAAACCUGAGAUCUGA